GUGGAAUAAACAAGUAAACCUCCCAACGCUGAAUGUCCCGAGUUAGCAGCCAAUUCUCCUCCAUCCUGCAGCCGACUAUCAAAUAAAAUAAUUCAUGUGUUUCUGUCCAUUUUGGAUAAGUCUCUACGGAUCCCCAGGCACUGCUGCUAUUACGCGUUGCCGAAUGGUGCAGUGAGCCCAGGUCCUGCCUGCAAGGAUGCAGGGGAUGGUGCUGUUCAAACGCUGGCUCGCUCUGUUUCUGCUCGCUGUCGGAGCUGGAGGGGCUCAGAGUCAGGACACCGGAAUAUGCCCCCUGCACCUGCUCGUCGGCCUGGACGUCACUGAUUACCAACAGUCCAGCCUACACCAGUACCUGGAGGGCAUCAUCUGGGAGCUGUCCUCCCUGACCAGGGUCAGCUGCGCCCAGCUCAAUGUCACCCUGAGCAUCCAGAGCGUGGACCAGGGCGGCGAGGUCCUCUUCCGAGCUCGCCUCACCAAGUACCAGCACGAAGUCUUGCAGCAGCUGCGCGAGGUGCAUGCCUUCAGGCGCACCUACCUGAACCAGCCCUCCCUGCACAGACUGCUGGAGAUGAACCGAGGCCUGCCAGAGAGUAACAAGGUGGUGCUCCUGUUUACGGACGGGUUGGACGAUGAUGUGAGGAAGCUGGAGGAGAUGUCAGCUGCUCUGCGGGUGCAAGGCCAGCUCGACGCACUAGUGACUAUUGCAAUGAACAAUGCUACCAACCUGGAAGAGCUGCAGCUCAUUGAGUUUGGGCGAAGGUUCAGGCACAGCCAGCAGCUGAGCAUGGAGAGCCCCGAGAUUGGCAGCGUUUUGGCUCAAGAGCUGCUGGCUGUGUCGGAGAGGAAGUGCUGCCACCCGUGCCCCUGCACCUGCAUUGGAUUGCCAGGCUUGCGAGGCCCCUUGGGCAUUCCAGGGCGCAAGGGGAGGAAAGGAGCAAAGGGGCUGGUUGGAGACCACGGGCACUAUGGACACAGCGGGGAGCAGGGACUGCGGGGGCUCCCAGGGAGCUGGGGAACCCAGGGAUGCCCAGGCCAGUGUGGACCCAAGGGACUGAUGGGAUACCCUGGAGAGCAGGGAGCUCCCGGGGAAGCUGGAUACGAUGGCAUCCCUGGGGAGAAGGGGGAAGCCGGCCCAUUUGGGAAUCCUGGGACAAGAGGAUCCCGCGGGAGGCAGGGGCGGAAAGGCUCCCAGGGUCUCCGUGGUGACGCAGGGCCUCCAGGACCCCCCGGCGAUGCUGGAAAUCCUGGGAGAAGCAGCACAGAGCGUGGAGCCCCCGGAAGGAAGGGAGAAAGAGGCACCCAGGGGAACUCGGGACCAGAGGGCAGCCCUGGGCCACCUGGGUCACAGGGGCCAACUGCAGAUCCGAGCACAUGCCUGAAGGGGCAGAAAGGAGCCCAGGGCAGGAGGGGCAUCGCAGGUGCUCCAGGCGCUGUUGGGGAGAAGGGCUACCAAGGUGCACAGGGGCUACGAGGUCUCAGAGGGACAAAGGGCGUCACAGGUCACCCGGGGUGCCGUGGAGCUCAGGGGCUUUCCGGAGAUGUGGGCUCCCCAGGAAACACCGGCCCCGCUGGUCCCCAGGGUGAGAAGGGGCAGGCCGGAGGAAGAGGCGAAAAAGGGAACGCAGGGUCUCUGGGGCCCAAGGGGGCACUGGGGGACAAUGGAUGUGAUAAACGAGGAUCUCAAGGGAGGAAGGGCCCAAAGGGCUCCCGCGGAGGCCAUGGAGACCCUGGUGCUCAGGGUGAAAGAGGCGACAAAGGUGCCAGGGGGGACAAAGGUUGGAAAGGCCUGCGUGGAUCCAGGGGGCCUCUUGGGAGAAAGGGAGACCAAGGGCUGCGUGGAAGCGUGGGACCUCCAGGAGAGAUGGGUCUGAGAGGUUUACCUGGAGUUCCCCUCUUUACGCCCUGUGAACUAAUUGCCUCUGUCCGAGAGAGAUGCGACCCCGACUCCCUGGCCUGCCCGCUCUUCCCCACCGAGCUGGCCUUGGUGGUGGAGACGUCCGCCAAUGUCACUCCCGCUGAGUUCGGCCGCAUGAAAGAUGCCCUGGCCUUCCUGCUCCGGGACCUGCGCAUCUCCCAGGGCAACUGCCCCGCCGGGGCCCGUGUGGCCCUGCUGUCCUACGCCUCCACCCCCACUUACCUGCUGCGCUUCACCGACAUGCAGACAAAGGGGAUGCUCCUGCGGCUGGUGGGAGACCUGUCCUAUGUGCACUCUACCCAGAGGGGCCGCCUGGCUGCUGCCAUGAGAUUUGUGGGCCGCAAUACCUUCAAAAGGGUGAGGCCAGCCUUGCUGGGCAGGAAGGUGGCGGUGUUCCUGACCAGUGGCCGGGGCCAGGCCCAGGAGGGCAUUGGCAAGGUCGUCCUGGAGUAUGUGGCUCUUGGCAUCGUCCCGGUGGUGGUAACCUUCAGCUCCCUGCCGGUAGUGGAGCAGGCAUUCCAGAUGGACGAGACAUUCAGAGUGGUCCAGCUGCCGGCUGCGGACUCGUCUCGGGAUGUGGAGGCGCUUCGGGAAGCUGUCUUCCUCUGCACGCUUUGCUUUGAUAUAUGCAAGCCUGGGAACUGCACGAAGGAGCCCCUGCUGCAGAACCCGCUGGGGCUGGACCUGGAUUUGGUUCUGCUGGUGGAUAACUCCCCCCUUGCCCUGCCAGUGGGGAGCCUUGGGAGAGUCGCCCAUCUCUUCAGCAGCAUCCUGGACCAUUUGAAGAUCUCCCCCCGCCCUGAGCUGCCUGAUAGUGGUGCCCGUGUCUCCCUGGUGCUGACGGGGCCCUCAAGGGCUCACCUAGCUUCUGAAGAGGUCUUGUGGGAGUUUCCUUUCACCCAGCAUGGCUCUAGAGAGAGGAUCAAAGAGCAUCUGCAGCUCUCACUGGCUGCCAGGGAGGCAGCAAUGCCGGUCAGCCAAGCCAUGGAAUGGACCCUGCGCCAAGCAUUCCGGGAGAGCCCUUCACACAAGCUACGGGUGCUCUUUGCUGUAGUUACCAGGGAAACUGACCUGUGGGACCAGGAGACACUACCAGAGCUGUCCCGCUUUGCCCAGUGUGGGGCAUUUGCCAUGUUCAUCCUAGCCCUGGGCCCGGACGGGGCUGGCAAGCAGGAAGGGAUCGUGCCAGAGCCGCUGGCUUUCCCAGCGUGGAGAUACCACUUCCUGCGGCUUGGCUCAGUCCAGGAGCCGGAAAUGGAGUAUGCAGAGAGGAUGGUUCUGGGGUUCCUGAGAAACCUGCUGGUGGAAAGCCGACGGCAUCCCCUGGAACGCACCAGUGCUUGGUGUGAGCUAGAGCUCUCCCCGACCAAUCCUAGUGCUACGCCUCCACCUCCAGUGAGCCCAGAUAGGGUCUCCAAACCUGGUGCUCUGCCUCAAGAUGGGAUGGAGGCAGCCACCAUCAGCCCCAGCGAGGUGAGAGGUGUUGUGGACAGUGAAGAUCCGUGCUUCCUUGGCAAAGACUCUGGCGUCAAGUGCACCAGCUACUCCUUAUUGUGGUACUACCGGGUGGACAUGGGUUCCUGCAACCGCUUCUGGUAUGGUGGCUGUGGCGGCAAUGCCAAUCGGUUCAACAGUGAGCAGGACUGCAUCCGCGUGUGCAUUGACCGAAGUACGCAUGCAGCUGGGCUUGGGGAAGAGAAGAACUUGACUCAAGCUGUGUGCCUGGAGGACAGAGACGCAGGCCCCUGCCACUCCUUCGCCUUGAAGUGGUUCUUUAACAAGACUCAGCCUGCGCGCUGCACCCCCUUUUGGUAUGGUGGCUGCGAAGGGAACAGGAACAGGUUUGAGACCCGGGAACUGUGCGAAUCCACAUGCCUGCCCUUAGCAGGGCAGAUGCUGCUGCAGCAAUCUGCUGGGGAGUCCGUGCAGGCUGACGAGUCCAGGCCUGGCUGUGCAAGUGGGGCAGAUGUGUGAGGAGCAACCGGGAGAGAAUGGGGAAGCUCCUGACAUUUUUUGUCAUGCAGUCAGGUUAAGCUGCUGCCCAUCCUCUGCUACUGAACAGCCAGCCACCCUUAUGCACAGGGCACAUGUUACACGGAAGCUGUGGCUUUUAAUAUGCAAUGAACUAAAUCUCCCCCCCACACACACACACACCCGCCCCAGGCUGCAGCCAGCAAGUUUCCAUAGUAUUCUGCUUGCUGUCGCUAGUGCUCCCUUCAUAUCUGCUCCUUGCCCAUCUGCUGCCCAUGUGGCUAGCUGGAACACCACAUCCCAGUUUCCAAUACACUUAUGCCAAGAGAUCCCAGAGUGUCUUCCCCUUCACGCCCAGGGUGGCCUCCAGCCACAAACCCGAUCUCACUUUUAAUUAAUAUAAACAGCUUGUAAAGGUGGCUCAGCUGGGAGGCUGGAAUGACACAUGGCACACGUUAAAGGGACAGAUACCAGGAUGGGUAAGGCUUCCUGGGCUCUUGAUGUUACCCCACAUUCUUCAUUUUGGAUGUUUGUCCCCAAAGGGUCAUCGCUGAUUUGGAGGGAACAGAGCAAAGCGAAACAGCCACAUGGUGCGGGAGGGAGAGUUUGAUUUGAUUCUAACCACCCCUGUAUUAAACCCUCAUGAUGUUUGCAGAUGAGAGAAUCGGCACCUGGAAAAUUGCACAAAUAUGUUGGGGGCAGAUUUUUAAAAUAGCUGUGCAUCCUACAGCUCCCAUUAAGCCACUUAAACAAGUGGCUGGAAUUCAGCAGGAGCUGCUUGCAGCUGAACCCUCACGAGGAUCUGGCCCUCUCUCUCCCUGGGCUGUUGUGUCCCAAAUCUUGGCUCACUUUUGUAUAUGCAGAUAAAUGAGGCAGUUGUAUGACUUGUUGCCUGACUGGCAUGUUUGGGCAUGCCCAGCAUGCGGGUGCCCAUUUUUUAUUUUUUUUUGCAAGUGCGGUCUAUCGCAGCCACAGAGCUGGAGAGUGGCACUGAAACUCGGACCCUCAUUCAUGUAAGAGAUUUUGCUGCUCUGUGCCUAGAAUCUGUUAAAAUGUAAAAUAUUUUUUAAAAAAAUAAACCCAUGUUUCACACUCA